UCAGCUUGGCCGGCCCUCGAGGACCUCGUACAGGCAAAAUGGCGGCGCCCGUGAGGCAGGCGCAGACCCUGCUCGGGCUGGCUGCUACCCUGGGCCCAGGCUUUCGUGGCUACCGGACGCCGCCGCCCCCGCGCCGCUCGCCGGGCCCCUGGUGGCCAGACCCGGAUGACCCGCUGACUCCGCGCUGGCAGCUGGGGCCACGCUACGCGGCCAAGCAGUUCGCACGCCACGGCGAGGCCUCCGGGGUGGCCGCUGGUUCGCUGUGGCCGUCGCAGGAACAGCUGCGCGAGCUGGAGGCAGAGGAGAGUGAAUGGUACCCGAGCCUGGCGGCCAUGCAGGAGUCAGUGCGGGUGCAGCAGCUGGCCGAAGAGCAGAAGCGUAAGGCCAGGGAGCAGCUCAUUGCAGAGCGCAUGGCUAAGAUGCCACAGAUGAUUGAGAACUGGCGGCGGCAGCAGCAGGAGCGCAGGGAGAAGGAGAAGGCCGACAAGGAACGGCGUGCCCGGCUGCAGGCGGAGGCCCAGGAGCGCCUGGGCUACCAUGUGGACCCAAGGAGUGCCCGCUUUCAGGAGCUGCUGCAGGACCUGGAGAAGCAGCAGCGCAAGCGCCUCAAGGAGGAAAAACAAAGACAAAAGAAGGAGGCACGAGCUGCUGCACUGGCCGCCACUGCAGUCCAGGACCCAGCAGCCUCUGUGGAACCCAGCUCCUGAACUUUUCUCUCUCAAUAAAACCUGCUGCCCAACAGCCCCACCUGCCAAGAGCUUUUCGUUCUCUCAAC